CGUCACUACGCUGCGUCGUUACCGCUAUGAACGGAUCUAACGCACUUGUGACGACCGACGACUCACCACCUCCAGCAACUUACAUCUACGUUCCUCCGUAGAACAGUCGACCGCUCCUCCACUGCAGAGCUGCAUGUCCUGUGUCGCUUCUACGCCUGAUACUGCGUUAUUCGUGCAUAUCAUCGCCUGCACACCACUCUAGAGUCUAGACACAUGAAGGCGCACGUCGUAUGACGAUGUCGACAGAACGAACUUCUACCACGGCAGCCUCUGGUCGUCAGCCCAACAUUCGAUUGCUGUGCUCGCAGGCAGACAGUUGACGUGAUCUACGACGGAGCGCGGGAGGCCCAGGGAGGCCCGGCGCUUUGAGCGCGAUGCUCACACCAUGUUCACCGUGGGAGCGAGCAGUGGUAAGUUCAUGCCCCUGCCAAUGCCAUAUCUAAGUCGGCAGAGCCAUGCCACUCGCCGUCUUCAUCCAGCCUAUCUACCAUGCCUCCCCGAGGCUCCGCUACCAUCGCUGCGCUGGCCCGGUGCAGAACACCGUCGGUGAAGGUCGCAGCUCAGCGCCGAGCUCUCGCCAAUAACGCGCCCGCCGACGUCAAGACAGCUCAGGACACAACAGGCAACGCGUCGCACGCUCGUCGGAGCGUCGUGUCCCGUAUCAAGCACGCUACCCGCCUGACGGAAGGGCGCGCGCUGCGC